UCCAAUUGAGGUUGCGAACAACACAACCGUGCACCCAAACACCAGCUAAAACCCUUAAACCCUAUGCCCUCAACAUUUCAGAACCAGAAAAACCCCUACUACGGUACUGUUUGGAGGCUGGGAAAGCAAGAGAGAAAAAAAAUAGUGACCCAUGACGGAAAGUCCAAAGCACUUGCUAGACACCACCUCCGAAGCCCCUCAACGACCCUCCAAAAUAGCAAAAACCACCACCGACUCCGAAGACGAAGAGGAACAUCAACAAGAACAAGAACAAUCGGAAAAGCCCACGAAUCCAAAUCCUAGAAUGCAACGGUACCUGGUCGCAAUAGAGUACAUUGGGACUCGUUUCUCUGGGUCCCAGCAACAGCUCAAUUGCCGUACAGUCGUUGGGGCUCUUCAGGAAGCUUUUCAUAAAUUUAUUGGCCAGCCAGUUUCAAUUUUUUGUUCAAGUCGAACGGAUGCAGGAGUGCAUGCCUUAUCAAAUGUUUGUCAUGUAGAUGUUGAACGCAUAAGCAAAAGAAAGCCAGGUGAAGUGUUACCACCUCAUGAACCUACAGUGGUCAAAAAAGCUGUGAACCAUUUCUUACAGAAGAAUGAAGGUGAUGUAACAGUGAUUGAUGUUCGAUGUGUUCCAGCUGAUUUUCAUGCCAGGUUCAAGGCUAAAGAGCGCACGUACUUUUACCGUUUGCUCUCUGGGCCAGAAUCUUUGUCAACCUUUGAGAGAGACCGAGCAUGGCACGUUCCUGAGUUAGAUCUUCUUGCUAUGCAGGAAGCAUGCAAAGUUCUUGUUGGGCAUCAUGAUUUUAGUUCCUUUAGAGCAGCUGGUUGUCAGGCUAAAUCACCAAUGAGAACUUUAGAUGAACUAGAUGUUUCCGAGGUAGUUUCAAAUCCAUAUUUCCCGUCAAUAAUUGAAAGGAGACAAAAUGAUCGAACCCAGGAAGAUCUUCAUGCAAGCUCCAACAUGUCUGAGACUGACCUGCCUCUUAGUUCUAUUUCAAUUGAUGAAAAAGCAAGAGGCUUCAAUGGUGGAACUGAUCUUGGAUUUGGCAUAAGAAGAAGGCAUCGUUGCGUUGUAGUAACAGCACGUUCACGCUCUUUUCUUUACCACCAGGUUAGACUGCUUGUUGGUGUUCUAAAAGCUGUUGGAACUAGAGAGUUGACAAUUGCAGAUGUUGAGAGAAUCCUAAAUGCAAAGACUGUGACUGCUGCAAGUCCCAUGGCCCCUGCAUGCGGUCUCUACCUUGGUCAUGUGAAAUAUGAUCUGCCCUGAUAGUAUAAUGGAUUUUUGGUUUCAUCAAAACAUGCCACGAACUUCUGUGUCACCAGAACAUACAGUACAGCAAAUUUUCCAUCUGCAACGUUGCCAAUAUCCAUGCGGUUGUUGACAUAGGAUGAAGACAGCUUACAGAUGUAUAAUCAUAUAUUUGCACUUAUGCUAUGACAGAUUGGUGGUCACUGAGGCAUGAGAAGAGCAACUUUACAGCAAUGUAAUUGUCUGGAAUUUUUAACUGCCUGGAUGUGCCCUUUUUUUAUUUUUUUAUAGAGGGUUGGAUCUUGAAAAUGAAUGACAUUGAUUGAAAACUAAUCUUCUUUGGUCUUA